AUGCAUUUAUUUAAGAACGAUUCACCUUCAUAUAACGAGCGAGAUCAUAAAGUACAACAACUAAAAUUGUUAAUAGACUCCAAGAUUACUCGUCUACAAAAUCCCAUAAACUGCAGUUCAGCCAAAAAGUUUGUUUGCAAUGUUGACUACAAGGGAGGGUUAGGCUAUAUCUUCCAACACUAUUCCUACUGUUUUAUAGCGGCCUUACGUCUCAAUCGGACCCUUAUUUUCACGCCAAGCACUCAAAGCUUUCUCACGUUUUACAUCAAAAUAUUUUUCCGACCCCUAAGUCACACGUGUGUGGACUCGGAUGGCGACAACAGCACCACAUGGGACGGGAUGGAGGUUACCAUCGAUAAGACAGUUGACUAUCAGGUCAUAGACUUUUGGUUUGGCCGCAGUAAAUACCUUACAUUACACGCGUGGAUACCCACGCAGAUAUCCACUGAGUUGACAUCCCUGUCCACUCAGCCAUUUGUGCUAUUCAUGGGAUUUCUAUUACAAUAUCUGAUGCGACCGUCGGAG